AACCCUACCUCCUUCCGGUUGUUAAAAAAUGGCUGCUUGAAAGAACAAUAACGUCCGAAAUGUUUUGCCUUGAAUUGAUUUGAACGUGUGAUUAUGACAAGGCCGUGUAGAUCCAAAAAGCUGGAGGCAAAUAUGGAUGAAGAAAGGUGGACGUUGUGUUUAGUGGCUCACUAACUAAACUAGCAAGAAUGGAUCAUUAGUAUGUCUCCCGCAAGUUGUUGAUCAAUUCCCGCAAGUGUUGGAGAAGAAGAAGAAGCAUGUAUUCAUCUUGUAGCGAACAUCAUGCAGCUCAAAGGACAGGUAUCUUCUACCAGGCCAUGCCUGCCAUAGGAGCUGAUGGCAAGAACGUCAUGUCGCUGAUCCCUGUUCAAAUGGUUAAUGGAAAUAUUGUCCAAACUCAAAAAAACAAGCCUCAAACAUGCAAGUUUAUACCAGUAACCGUUGGACCUGCACCUGUUCCCAAUGGAAGAAAGGCACUCAUGGCUUCUUUAGCCACCCAACACACAGUCAGCAGUCCGGCUUCCUUUGGGAAUUCCUUGCCCAAUCAACUUGGUAUAGCAGACCAAAGGCUGGCGCUUGGCGUGUCGUUAAAUCACCACCCGUUAAGGAUUGUUGAACCGCACCGCAGAAGCCAUGUGCAAGAAGUUCCAGCAUCUCAACCUCCCUCUUGCAGAAGGAGACAGAUUUUCACUCCAUUAACGAACACCUUAUCGACUUCAGACCCGACCUGUAGGACCAAUGGAUCGUCCAAGACAUCCGUCUAUGAAAGCAAUGCUGUUUCAAACCAUUCCGAAGCUGAGAGUAUUUGGUCUGCAUCGCCUCAGACGUCACUGUCACUGGGCAUAUCCAAUGCACAUUUGAAAUUAAUUCCAAAGGUAUCCCAUAGGUCCAACAGCCCAAUGAAGUGGGUGAUCGAAGAAGUUAACUCCAAUGAGUCAUCUACUGAACUUUCACAUUCUUUGACAGUUAGUUCCAAUUCAUUUCAAACAACGGAACAGGGCAGCAAGAAUGUUGGGAUAGUGCCAAGUCUUAGUUCCAAAACUUUUCCAACAACGGAACAGGGCAGCAAGAAUGUUGGGAUAGUGCCAAGUCUUAGUUCCAAAACUUUUCCAACAACGGAACAGGGCAGCAAGAAUGUUGGGAUAGUGCCAAGUCUUAGUUCCAAAACUUUUCCAACAAUGGAACAGGGCAGCAAGAAUGUUGGGAUAGUGGAAAGUCUUAGUUCCAAGACUUUUCCAACAAUGGAACAGGGCAGCAAGAAUUUGGGGAUAGUGGAAAGUUUUAGUUCCAAGACUUUCCAAAUAAUGCAACAAGGCAGCAAGAAUGUUGGGGUAGUGCAAAGUCUUAGUUCCAAGACUUUCCAAACAAUGGAACUGGGCCCCAAGAACGAUGGGGUAGUGGAAAUAAUGAAGCCUGUUCAUCCAUCGGGCUUGACAAGAAACUCUCGAAGUGAAGCUGAUUGUCAUAAAGCCUUGGUCAUAUAUGACGGCACUGUGUUUUUUGCAUCCACAAAGUGCAACGUUUCACUUCCAACAGGGAGCCAGGAAACCUUUUCGACCGCUGCAGCUGAAAAAGUUUGCCGUUGCAAAGAAUUCCCAGUAGCAUCAUCCCAGAGUUCACUCAUUAUUUCAAAGGAGCCAAAUGAAGUGAUCGACCUUUGCAAUGACAAUAAUCCAGAGGAUUUGUGUCAGACAACACCAUUAGCUGUUCCUUUGGAUGAAGAUAAUGUGAUAUUUGUGUCCUAUAUUCCACCAAACCCGAAGUCUGUGCCAACACUGUGCCCGGUAGCUGAAACACUUGAGAAUGAAACCGACCAGACAAGCAUAAAGAGCCUGAACAGUGUGACUGAACACAACAAGGCAAACCUCAAUGGUUCCAGUUCUGUCCUUAAUCAACUAACACGCAAACACACAAACGGAAUCCCUACUGAAAGAAGACUACAACCUGACCAGAGCAUGUUGGCCAGCACAGAAACUCAUAAAAUUGAUGUCAUAAGCAGUCAAUACAGGACGAAGCAACAGAUGGACAACGUGGAGCUGGCCUUAGAAAUGAAGAGUUUGUCAGAUUCCAGUAUUUCAGAUCACAACAACAGAGGAUCCACGGAUGAAAUCAAGAUCUCGACAAAUGCAGAACCAGUGUGCAGAUCUUCCAGAAACCACAAAAGUGACCACCUUUACAGGAAAAUGUUUGGGAUUACAUCUGAGGUGAACAUUUGCCUGCAGAAGAUGAACACUGUAUCAUCUGAGGAGUCUGAAGAGAAGAGAUCCUUGUUGAAACGGAAGGAACUUUGUUGGCAGGACUCUGACAUUAAAAAAAGGAAACUCUCAGACAAAGAUCAUUUGCCAGGAGUUACAAUUACUCUAAGUCCGGAUGCACAUGCUUUGUGUGAUCUGGACCCGGAUUCAGUGGUUGGUUACGUGGAGCCGAUAGAUGACGAUCUCCCCGACAUGGCUGAAUCACACGCCACCAACUCCCAGGACUCGGCUGUCCAGCACCUCAACAGUGUUCCUACGGACACAAGCAGAAUGGGAAGGGCCAGGAAGCGCACAAAGUGUCCAUGUUGUGUCUCCGGCGGUCUGAGGGUGGACGUCCCGGCCAGGCCAAGAGUGCUCAAAGUAAGGAAAGAGUGUAAAAGUGGUGGACGUCAGCAAAAGUUCAAAUCAAACAAGUGAAUGUAAGAACCGACCUGAAUCAGAAACACUUGAAGUUCUAAAAGCAGCACAUUUUGUUGUACUAUUUGAAGUUAGACUGCAAUGCACCAGUUUGUGUUAUUUGGAAAUGUUACACAACAGAUGUCCUACACUGACCAUCCCUGUCAACAUUUACACUCAAGUAAGGAAAUCCCUUUUUGCAAUUCCAUCCCUAUUUUUGCUGGUAUAUUUUCCUAUGCUGCUGAAAUAUGAACUUUAAUUCUCGUCUGCACUAUAUUGUAAGUUUCAUAGAAUUGUGUAAGUAUUUUUAAAAAAGGGAUAUUUCUAAAACCUUGAUUGUAUCGUUCUCAAGUGUUGUUCUCAUAACGCUACGUUUAGACGAGUGUAAAAAUAGUGAAUAAUGUCCCUGUUACUGUCUCGGCAGCCUCAGGUCUAACGCCACUGGUCUGUAAUGUUACCAGCCAGGACUCCUCCUGAUGACAACACUAACAUUUCUUUGCACGCUUUGUAUUAGUUCUUUCAAGUCUCUAUGUCGACACGUUGGCUUGAUUUCUUUGCCUUGGCCCGUUAUUUCAGGAUAGGAUGUUACUGAAGGAAUCAAUAAAGUACUAUCUACUUAUCAAACCAACUGUUAGCAAAUGACACGUUUGUUUAAUUCAGUACUGUACAGGCAUGUAUGUCAAAGAUACGCUUACCUCUCUAAUAAAAUUGUUGAAGCACUUUUAUAUUAACAUUAUUUUAUACAAUAAAAACAGGUAACUG